AUGACGGAGUGGCAACCUUUCGUUCAGUCAGUCUUCUUUGGUUUAUUAUUCUCUUAUCUUCUUGCCAAGCUCUUCUCCGUGAUCUUCGCUUUCCGAGAGGAUAAUCUCCGCCUCACCCGCGGCGAUUCUAACGAAGCUCCAGCCGAUCCUCCUCCCGAUUCCAAAUCACCCGCGAUUCCGCCCGAAAACAUUUCCGGGUCAUAUUCAAGGGUUUCUGAAGUGGAUACUGACAAGAACAACGAAGCUGCUGAUUCUGCUGGUUCUGGCGGCGACGGCGGCGGUGACGAUACCGGUAGUGAUAGUGAUUGGGAGGGGGUGGAGAGCACGGAAUUAGACGAGGCCUUUAGUGCAGCCACCGCAUUUGUGGCGGCCACGGCUGCCGACAGGUCUUCGGCCAAAGUCUCCAAUGAUGUGCAGUUGCAGCUCUAUGGUCUUUAUAAGAUUGCCACCGAGGGACCCUGCAGCUCACCCCAACCCUCGGCUCUUAAGAUGACUGCCCGUGCCAAAUGGCAAGCAUGGCAGAAGUUGGGUGCUAUGCCCCCAGAAGAAGCAAUGGAGAAAUACAUUGACAUCGUCACCGAGUUGUACCCUUCAUGGAUCGGCAGUGCUUCUACUAAAAAGGACCACAAAGAUCCCACAGGUGCUUCGGGUACAGAAUCUAAAGGGCCCAUGGGACCUGUUUUCAGCACCUUUGUUUACGAGGAUGAACCCUCCAAUGAUCUAACAUUGGAUGCAUUACAUGGUUUUGCAAGAGAAGGAGACAAGGACAAUUUACUCAAAUGCAUUGAGACUGGUGUUUCAAUAAACAUUAAGGAUAGUGAGGGUAGGACACCACUCCAUUGGGCUGUAGAUCGGGGUCAUCUGAAUGUUGCAGAAUUACUUUUAGACAGAGGUGCUGAUGUUAAUGCGAAGGAUAAUGAAGGUCAAACACCACUGCAUUACGCUGCUGUCUGUGAGAGGCCAGCCCUUGCUGAACUACUUGUGAAGCAUAACGCUGAUACAGAAAUAAAGGACUCUGAUGGCAGUUCUGCGGCUGAUCUUAGCGAAUCUAACUGGCCUUGGAUGCAGCGGGUUGCUAGUAGUGUUACUGGCUGA